GUUUACAGAGGGCGCUGUUGAUGCGUGAAUGACGUCGUAUACAAAACACAGAGGUGGUGUGUAGAUGUAGUCGCUAGUAGCCUGCUAGAUGAACAACAAACCUCGAAUGGAAGAGCAGCUGAGGUCACACUUGUUUUGUGAACAUGAUGCUUAGUGUUCACAUGUUGAAUUGAAAAUUCUUCCUUCGUUUUGGAAUUAUUGAUCAUUACGCCGUUUUGUGUUUCAGUUAUUGUGUAGAAGGUGAUGGAAUGAGGGUGACACGGAAUCAUGGAUUUUCGCCGUCAUCUUUCGUCGUUGGUUCAGUUCUCAUCCUCGGGCAUGGGCAGCAGUAUCCUUUCAAGAUGGUGGAUAGAUCUGUGUAUCUCUAAGGAGAGAGCUACGUUUAUAUUCAUAUUUGUCUUCGCCGCUGUUAUUCCAUUCGCAUACUGCGAUGAUCCUCACAUACUUCAGGCUUCGCACGACGAACCCACCAUUUUCCACCAUGCUAAAAUCAACAUAACUUUCAGAGAUCGAGAUAAUCAGGAAACAUCCAGUGUUUUCAGAGGGAAGUUUGGAAUCAACAGUGAGGUGCACAGUGUUUCUGGUAGAUUGAUGCACUCAUUGUCCUUUCCUAUUAGAGGUUGGAAAGGCUCUUCCACAAAACCUAACCAUUAUGGGUGCACCAAGUAUGUCAACAGUAAAUUUCCAUCUGGAAAAUGGAUUGCUUUGGUGGAACGAGGGGAGUGUGUGUUCACUAAGAAAAUACAAGUGGCAACACAUGAUCACAAUGCAUCUGCAAUAGUUAUUUACAAUAAUGCAAGUGAUGGUGAAUCUGAUGAGACCAUCAUGGAUCAUUUGGAGACUGACAGCAUUUCUGUAUUCAUUGGGCGGAAGGAUGGUUUGAGGAUUGCUGAGCUAGUAGACAGUGGAAUAACUGUAGACAUGAACAUAAUACCUGAUGGUGAAGGACGUUACCCUCCCCUCUUGCCCAACGGCAUCAGCAAGACUUCUGUUCUUUUUGUUUCCAUCUCUUUCAUAGUGCUUAUGAUUAUCUCUCUUGCCUGGUUGCUGUUUUACUACAUUCAGAGAUUCCGAUAUUCCCAUGCCAAGGAAAGGCUUGCGGAGUUGGAGGGCGAUUUCGACCAGUGCGCUGUGUGUAUCGAGCCCUACAAGCCGCAGGAUGUGAUACGUAUUCUGCCUUGUCGGCAUGUAUUCCACAAGUCAUGUGUUGACCCGUGGCUGCUGGAUCAGAGGACGUGCCCUAUGUGCAAGAUGGAUAUACUCCGGGCCUUCGGCAUGCAGAUCGGAGGUAGCCAGGAGUCUGUCCACGCUGACCCAGAGCUGGGACCGACCAGCCACCCGGUCACAGAGGAGCCGGAGGUGUCGUCCAGUGUGGACGAAGGUCAGUCAGAGGAGGUGAAGGUCCUCCUGGUUCCCCACACCUGCCUGCACUAUCACGUGGACGGCAACGCUGGAGAGGGGCGAGGGGGAGGACUCACCUCGUCCAGCGCUAUAGAGGAGGAGGAGGAAGCCAGUGCCUCUUCACAUCUGAUUGGUGCAGCAGCUGGCGGCUGUGAGAUUAGACAGUUCCCACCCGCUUCCUCAUCGUCCUCAUCUUCCUCGCUGCUGUCGUCUCCGAAGCCUCUGGGGAAGUCUUCGUCGUCGUCGUCACGGGCUGAGAAAGUAGACGAAGAUCACGAUGAGCAGGAGAUGAAAGCUUUGAUCCGCAGCGACCACGAGGACAGCAACAUGAUGGAGGAAGCAGCGGCGGGAGGGAAGGAGGAGGAGGAAGAAAGUCUGGAGAGACAAUGCCGUCCGCGAGCGGGUUCCCCCUCGUAUGAUACUACUCUGAUCUGCGGCGAUGAGGAAGAUUCUGGCAGACAUAGAAGAAGCCCGAGCUCAGGGAGUAUGAGAAAGACAAAGACAGCGGAGGACAUUGCUCUGGAGGGGGUCCAUGGGAGCCUCUCCUCUCUGGGAGGGAAGCAGCCCGCCGUGGGCUUUCAGGGGAGGACUAUCACUGAUGAACAAAUAGGGACGGCCGAGUCGGAAGCAUAGGAGCAAUAUCAAGACAUGUUUUGUGUGUCUACCGUUUUCUUUUCAUCCUGCUCACUGAUUGUGUGUUGUCUGUUGUUCUUUUUUUUUUAGUACAGUGAUUUCAAGUUUCGUGUGUCUAUUAUCGCUGGCCAGUUGGUUGUGCGUUGUGUUUUGUUUACAAAGAGAAACUGUAUAUGUUGCCCUGUUGUCGUUACUUUUGGUCAUGCUCAGAGACUGAGCUUAACAUGUGGUGUCUGUGUUUUCAUGUUCUGUGUCCAGGUUCGGUAAUAAUGCAAGCUCAUGAUGUUUUCAGAUUUGGAAGCCAUUGAAUUGCCCGUCUGUUGUUACUACAUUAAGUGAUGUGGACACGUUUCAAUAUUUUGCUUGAACACGUUUUCGAGUGGAAUUUAUGUACAUAAUCAUGUCAGCCACCAUGUUCAUUUACUUAUAGUUAUAUAGGAAAAUAAGUUGUUUUUUAUUCCCCCGUCCUUGCCUCAGUUGUUUGUGAUUGAAGUCGUGUAACUUCUGUCUGUCAUCAGAUUCUGUGUUUACCAGCCAAAGGACUCUCCUGCCACAGUUCUUUGUGUGUCUGUAAGACUAGGGAUGGAGAGGUGGGAGGUGUGGAUUGAGUCUUUCUUUCAGUGGCUACAUCUUUUUUGUUCCUUUCUAUUUCUUUUUCUGUUUGUCUUCUCGUGGGUUUAACUGCCAGCAUUGUGGUAAUGGUAUGAGGGCAUAUCUGGAAGAUCCUACUUCUUUUCUUUCCCUCUGUCAUUCCGAUGUGUCUGUUUGUCUUACUUUCAUAAUUUUACUCAAAGAAAUGAACAAACCAUCAUGAGAUUCCUGUGUCUCAUUUUUUUCCUCUGUGUGUGGUUAAUGGACACUCAUUAUUUUUCUUUUCAUCGUCUUUGUUGUCAUCAGUAGAUUGUUAAGCAGUGAGUGGUUGGCUGUUGUGCUCUGGUAUCUUUUGCUCCGUCUUGGUUGUCGAACACCUACCGUCCUUAUCUUGCAAGUGUUGUCAAACUUACAAAAACUGACACACAUCAGCUGUUUAAUGACAACUUGUUUCUUGUUUAAUGGGAAAAAAAGGCAAAGAAAACGUAGACAACAGGGAGGGAAAAAGAAAGGUAGUAGGACUUUAAGGGGGCUCCCUCUGACCAUUUGCAUAUUGUGGCAAUGGCCGAGGUGAACGUCUCUAAAACAACAGUGACUAGGCUGUCUUUUAACUCAACAACAUCCCAGCAGCAACAACAAACAUGACUUGACAGUCUCUAGCUCAACAAUAACAAUGACAUGACGGUAGCGAACUCAACAACAAUUUAUUAUUUUUAUUAUAGUAGAGGGUUUUACGGCACCCGCAACUGCAUAAGGUCAUAUGAGCGCCAUUGAUACCCAACAACAACAACAACGAUAAUAGUAGCUGAGGUGCCAAUGAUGAUUAACCCCAUUCUGUGUCAUAGCUGUGGGUGUGUUUAUAGUUUUAAAAGUCCUCAAAGUAAAUGGGCAUUGUCCUUUCUUUCAUACUAUCAUUUCUUAGCCAUCAGGGGUCCAUGCUUAUGAUUUCUGUCUUUGUCUUCGCGUUUCAUUAUUGUUUCAAGACAGGAUUGUACUUUGACCAGUGUGUGGAAACAGCAGAUGUUUUUUUAAAUGGAUGUGUGUGUGUGUGUGGGGGGUGUUAAUUCUUUUGUUUUUGCUAGUUUUCUGAGCUGACUUUGUUGUUGCCUUUUUCGCUUGUUUUUGUCUUAGCUCCUCGGUAUCAUUUCAUGACAGGGUUUUAUUCUAGAGUGUUGUGUGGAAACACAGAGUCGGUUGUCUUUUUUUUCUGUUUCUAUGGUUUAUUAAUUAUAAUACUGUUUUUAUUAUUGUUGUCUAUUGUAUUAUUGAUGCCCCUUUCGGCACAUGAUAUUUCACGGGGCAGGAUUUUCAAAUUGAUGACGCAUCUUGUAUGUAGCAUCCAUCUGUUGUUACUGAUCUGUAGGAAGAGAGACAGGAUGCUGUACCCACUCCCCAUCACAGUCCUGCGACUUGGAUUUUCAACAUUUGGUCACAGGAAAUUGGGACAAGCAGUUUCCUUUUCGGCCAGGAAAUGUGUCUCUUCCCGAACAACAUGUUUACACCUAACCUCGACACUCGCUUAGAAUUACAAUAUUGCCAGACAGGGGGAUAAUCCUCCAGAAGACAGGGGGUUGACAUCCGUAGGCAAUAUGACAAGCAAAUGUUGCUUUUUUAUGCUUUAUCUUCUUUAUGCUUUACCAGAGUCUGUGAUGUAGCUGCUCGCUGCUACUACUGUCUGUGAAGUGCUCCACAUUGUGUAGACAGGAGUGUAAUAUGUAAUAUAUUUGCGGUUGGCACAAGAUACAGAAAAGGGUAAUGAUUGUAACUUAAAUGUCGGGGGGGGGGGGGAUCUAAUUUUGUUUUCUAGCAUUUAUUUUUCUGUUUCAAAUUUAAUUUUGUUCUUGUGUAUCAAUAUUCCUGUGAGUUUUUUUCAAACCUGAUGUCGCACAAGUUCAGGUGGGGCUUCGCUUCUUUUCUAUGUAGCUUGACUAGUCUUUUGGUUUAAUGGUUAGACUAUUUGCCAUUGUAUGCAGAAGAUGUGAGUUCAAUUCGCAAUUGGGAAAGUAUUUUAUUGAAUAGUUCCAUUUUUCCACUGGGUUACUGUUUAUUACACUUUGUUAUUACUGACCCUGACGGGCACAAUCUCUCCUCCUCUUUAUAUGUUACUCUCUUGUAGUAAGGCCUCCCGUCUUCAAUCCUAUCUUAUGCUACCUAUUUUCCAGUGCCAAGUAAUUCUUCUUACUAAAACUAAAAACCAGACAGGCAUGGUCAAAGCAACGCGCCUCCUAAAGUACAUAGAAAGUGGGUGUAAGUGUUUUGAUGACGGCGUCAAACAUUAAUAGUCAUUCAAGUUCAAACAGAGCGUCACUUCCUGUUUGUGAAUCUUGGCAUUCCCCGGCCCCUGAUCCUGUCCUGUGUUCUGCUGCAGUAAUCAAUGUCUCCAAAUGUCACACGCAGCUAUUGUGUGUUUGAGCGGGAGGCCAGGCUGCUAGUUCUAUUGAUCGGGAAUGUUGUGGUAUGCAGGCUAGCACAAUUACUCAGCUCCUCUUUUUGUUUUUUUUAUCGUCAUUUGUUAAAUUAUUUAAUGGUAAAUGCUUCCCACUUCUGAAUUUCUCGCUGCAUAUACGUAUUUUUUUCCCUCUCAUUCUGGCGUAUUCUUAUUCCUGCGGAACAGCAUAUAGAGGGCUUCGUAUCUGAGAUGCAUUGUAACCAAAUAGUUUAAAAAGCUUAGUUGUACCUGCAUUACCUCUUCUAAUGAAAUACCCAAUUUGGCUUUGCAAUGUGUACUGGAACACCAGAAUACACCUCUCUAAGCCUUGUAAUGAAUCACCCACUUUUUGGUAAAAAUAAACUUGAGCUCUCCAUUCAGAAUUUACUUGACCUACUACGCUUUUCAAGGGCUUCACUCUCAGUAGGGCACCACAUUUAUUUGGGUCACUGUGGCUUCAUGUUUGAAAUUUGUUUUUGUCUUAUUCUGAUUGGGGGGAGGGUAUCAGUCUCAGUAGUCUCACCCUCUUUUUCGUGGUAUUUUUGAUGAUGUCUGCAUUAUAGAGAGGUUUCCUUUAUUGCUGAAAAAAAAAA